AUGAAGGCUUUACAGCCACCACCACUCGAUGCAGUAAUUGAAGCGGAGCAUACAUUAAAAGAAAUGAAGGCGCUGGACAAAAACGACGAACUAACUCCCCUUGGAUUUAUUCUUGCUCGGCUUCCAAUCGAACCGCGUUUGGGGAAAAUGUUGAUAUUUGCUUGUGUCUUUAAUCUGGGUGGAGCAGCUGCUGUUCUUACGUCUACCGCAAGUCUUGGUUGUGAUCCAUUUCUAUUGCCUCCGGACCACCGGAGACUCACAAAUCACCAACGAUCAUUUGCAGCCGAUUAUUCAAGUGAUCAUUUAGCUGGUUUAAAUGUUUUUCAAGUGUGGGCAACUGAACGUGCUCGUCGAGGUGAUGAGUCAGCAGAUCUGUUUUGUGACCAACAUGGAUUCAAUAGCUCUGCAUUACGAAUUAUUGAUGAUGCUGCAAACCAACUUAGAACUAUCCUCAUUAAAUUAGGCUUCCCUGAAGAGUCAUUGUCUGAUGCACCAGUUAAUUUCAAUGUAAAACACAAUAUCGACUGCGAUAUAAUCAGUACAUUACUUGUGUCUGGUUUGUAUCCAAAUAUCUGCUUCCAUUCAGAUAAACGCAAAUUACUCACAACUGAAGGUACUUUAGCACUUAUACACAAAGGUUCUGUCAAUUGCAUAAAGGACAUCAAGUUCACUUAUCCAUUUUUUGUUUUCGAUGAAAAAAUUCGUACUCAGGCCGUUUCUUGUAAAGGUCUCACAAUGGUAAAUCCAAUCCAGUUAAUGCUUUUUGGUUGCCGCUCUGCUGUCUGGAAGGCUGAUGAUUCUAAUGAUAAGGGAACAGUUGUUAUUGAUGACUGGAUUCCUUUCCGUAUGAGCUUCUCUUCCGCCGCCCGGAUUUUCUCUUUUCGCCCGGCUUUGGAGGCAUUACUUGUCCGAACCUGCUUACGACCAGAAGGUGUUACCGAUCUUCGAGAAGAGGAUCAGCGUGUUAUUGAUGUAUUGCGUCAAUUAUGUUCACCAGAAGCAUUAAACCCAAAUGCUAGUUUCGAAAGUAUAAACAACUUUGAUUCUCCACCGAGGAAAAGGUUCGUUACAUCCGGGAAUCAACCAUUACUCUCUGGUCGAUCACAUCGUAAUAAAGGCUAUGAAGAUUCAUACUCAGAUAAACAAGGUUUUGGUCGCUAUGCUAAUUGUCCCAAUCGUUUUAUGGAUUCAGAUCAGGCGUACGAUAGUCAAUUUAGUUUUAUGCAAGACCCUCAUCCACAAUUUUCCAAUCAGCGAUAUGAUCAAGUACCUAUCAACCGAUUUCCUGGGAACUACAUGGGUCCAAGAUCAUUUGGUGCUAAUAAUGUAGGAAAUAAUUUUAAUGGGCCAACAUGGAACCCCUAUGGUGCACCAGCCUAUGGUGGAUACCCUUAUCAACAGCAACAGUUUACAAAUGAUCGGCCUAUGCACCCAAGUCAAAGGCCGUCAAUUAGACCCCAUUGGAGUGUCCGUUACUAG